AUGACAGUAAUCCUAACUCAGGAGAAGAGCAAAGAUGCAGUGGAGUCUGUUUCUGCACAUUCUGAUGGCUCCAACACUGCAGUAUUUUCUCUGGUUUUAGGUCAAUGUUCCUUCUUCAUUUGUCACCUCUAUGAGUAUCACUUUAUUGGAGAGAAUAAGACCUGGGAUGAAGCACAGAAGUAUUGCAGAGAGAACUACACUGACCUGGCCACAGUGACUAACAUGACAGACGUCAGGAGACUCCUUGACGCCACAGUGCACAACUACCUGAACAAAGCUGCUGAUCCUGAUUUUGUCUCAAUUUUUUCCAUGACAGAUAAAGUGAUCCUGAUCAAAGAAAGCAAAAACUGGAUGGAGACCUUAUAUUACUGCAGAGAGAACUACAGUGACCUGGUCUCCAUCACUAACCCUCACCAGCAGAGAUGGGUCCAAGAGAGAGCCAAGAACGCAGACUCAAUCAAAGUCUGGCUGGGACUGCGCUACACCUGCACUCUGGAUUUGUGGUUCUGGGUCAGUGACGAGCUGGUCUGCUAUGAGAACUGGGCCACAGAUAAAAAGCCUAAUGGGUGUGACCUGACUGCAGCCAUGGACAGCAAAAAACCACACAAGUGGCACAGGAAGCGCGAAACUGUGGAGUUUAAUUUCAUCUGUGCUGUAUAGAAAAUAUUAAAACCACCCUAACUCACUGCAGACUUUCUAUUUCUGCUGUAUUUUCCUUUACUACAAUAAGCUUACACUAACAGUGUACAAUAAGCAUCUGUUCUCUGGGUUUACUGAACUGCAAUAUGGCAAGUGUAGAAAUCACGAGUUUGGGGAGAAAC